CUCUCUAGAUAAAAUCUGCGCUUCGCAGUCCCCCUCCUUCCAUCCCCCGGGUCUGGAGGAGGUCCCUACAGACCUUAAAACGCCCGCACCGCUCCCUCCACCCCAAGUAAAUUCUGACGUUGCUGUGAGAGUGCGGGGAUCGCUUUCCCUUUGGGUUAAAGUCGCUUAGGCUGGUCCCUGACCCUCGUCUUUCGUCUCGCGCUAAAUUGACCUCUAAAGACUCAUGUUGCCUGAAGAAGUCCAGAAGAGAAGAAAGGGGAAAGAAAAAGGAGACAGGGAUGGCUCUUCCUCAGGAAAGGUUGACAUUCAGGGAUGUGGCCAUAGAAUUCUCUCAGGAGGAGUGGAAGUGCCUGGACCCUGCUCAGAGGACUUUAUACAGGAACGUGAUGUUGGAGAAUUAUAGGAACCUGGUCUCCCUGGCAGGAAUCUCUCUUCCUGAAAUGAAUAUUGUCUCCACGUUGGAGCAAGGGAAAGAGCCCCGGACUGUGGAGAGUGAAGUGAAAAUAACAAAAACAUCAAAUGGUUGGAAAUGCGUCAAAGGUGUGAACACAGGUGUCUCUCCUACACAUAUGAUCAAGGAGUUACCACCAAAAGAGAACAAUAGCACAGGAAAAGCCUUCCAAGCAGUGAUGCUGGAAAGACGUGAAAUCCAUGACAUCAAAGAUUUUUACUUCAGGGAAAUGCAGAAAAAUGUUCAUGACUUUGAGUGUCAGUGUCACAGUGAUGAAAGAAAUUACAAAGAAACACCUGUGAUUAAAAUAAAAAACAUCACCAGAAGAAGAGAUCAAUGUGAUAGAAGGAUAGCUGGAAAUAAGCCAGUUGAAAAUCAGCGUGAACUGAGCUUAAAGUCGCAUCUGGCUGAACUGCAGGGAUUUCAAACUGAAAGGAAAAUGUAUGAAUGUAAUGAAAUUGAGAAGUCUGUUAUCCACGGCUCCUCAGUUUCACUGCUUCAAAUAAAUCUUCCUCGUGUCGACACCAGCAUUUCUAAUAUAUGUAGGAAUGAUUUUAUGCAUCCUUCAUUACUCACACAAGAACAGAGAGCACAGAGUAGGGAAAAACCUUACAAGUGUAAUGAUUGUGGCAAGGCCUUUCAUCAGAGGUCCCACCUUGAUACACAUCAGAGAAUCCACACUGGACAGAAACCAUAUAAAUGUGAUAUAUGUGGCAAAGCUUUCAGUCAAAUUUCAAACCUGGCAAGUCAUCACAGAAUUCAUACUGGAGAAAAACCUUACAAAUGUAAUGAGUGUGGCAAGGCCUUUAAUCAGGGGUCCAACCUUACUAGACAUCAGAGAAUCCAUACUGGACAGAAACCAUAUAAAUGUGAUGUAUGUGGCAAAGGUUUCAUUCAAAAAUCAAAAGUAGCAAGUCAUCACAGAAUUCAUACUGGAGAGAAAACUUACAAAUUUAGAGUGUGGCAAGGUCUGAAGUCAACAUUCAUACCUUUAAAACCAUCAGAUAAUUCACACUGGAGAGAAACCUUACAAGUGUAAUGAGUGUGACAAAGCCUAACUAAUCUUCAGGUCAUCCAUACUGGAGAGCCCUUAUAAAUGUAAUGAGUGUGGCAAGACUUUUUUUCAGAGUUCAAAACUUGUAAAACAUCUCAGAAUUCAUUCUGGAGAGAAACCACACAAAUGUAAUGAAUGUAGUAAGGCAUUUAUUCAAAAUUCAAGGCUGGUGGACCCUCAGAGAACUCACUGGAGAGAAACCUUACAAGCGUAAUGAGUAUGGUAAAACCUUUAUUGUGUGUUCAAGCCUAACUAACCAUCAGGUAAUUCAUA